GUCACGUGUAAGCCAUGCAUUGAUUUGAUUGCAAUAAUAAUAAUCACAAACUAAUUGUCAACAAUAACAACAAAAAUCCAUUGAAUUGAUUAGUCAUUGAUUUACUAAUGCAUUGAUUGACAACAAAAACACACAAAAAAAUGUGAUUACAAUAACAGCUGUUUUUUCCUACUGUACUCUAUGUGUGUUCACAACAAACGUUACGCAUAUUAUAGUGAGUGUGUAUUGUACUGUGUUUUGCGGUCAUUAAUAAUAGUCGGCACGUGUUUGUGUUGUUAUCGGUGUUUAUUGUUUGGCCAGAGUUUUCUUUACACCCGUCGGCAUACAAUUGUUUUAAACAUGUCUUCAUUACAUCAUUUGCCAAGAGAUGAGGUCUCGUCAAAGAUUCCCAUCGGCGGCGACACUGCUGUGAACAACAGCAACCAAAACGCUGUUCCCGUUGUCGAUGAAAACGAUACCGAUAUUAAUGGCAAAGCUUAUGGCAAAUACUUUGAAGCGUUUCACAUAUUUAACGACAAUUCAGUGGUAAUAGCAUCGGAUAAUUUGUCGGGUUUUCAUCAAACCGGUUACGUCACAAAAUACGAUAAGAUCAGUGACGUACCAAAGAUGCCAGUGUUGUCGUUGAAUCCCGAUUUUGGCGGUAUCUGUAAUCUGAUUGCUUUGCGAGACAGACGUUUGGUGGCCGGCUUUGAUUCCGGACACAUAUCAUUGCUCGGCCAAGAACUCGAAGAAGAAUUAUCUGUUGUACACCACGACAAUCCAAUUACGCGACUGAAUGUCAAUCGUUUGGAGUCGAAGAUUGUCAGCAGCGGUCACGACAUGACAAUUAUCAUAUUAGACAUUGAGACGUUUGUCUUAACCAAGUGCUAUAAUUUUGGCCAUUCGGCUACCGUUUGGGACAUCGACUUCAGUCCUUGUGACGACAAUCUUGUACUGUCGUGCAGUCGCGACAAGAAUGUCCUGUUGUGGGACUUGAAUAAAGCCAAACCAUCGUCAAGAAUUGCCACUUUGACAUCGGAUCCGACAGCUCUUUGUUGGUCCAGCAAAGACAUAUCGAUGGUAUUUAUUGGUACAGAAAAUGGACACAUAAAACAAUUUGAUGUACGAAUGCCCGGCAAAGAAGUAGCCGACUGUACGGUCGGCCAGAAUAGAGUUUACCGAAUUAAACGUGUUUUCAAUGGCAACGGACUGGCCGUCUGUUGCAAUGAUAAUGUGUUGAGAGUAUUGAAAUCCGAUUCACUGAUUAGUGUCUACGAGAACAGUGGUCACACCGAUUGGGUCCGAGAUGUCAGUCAUUAUAAUAAACAACUCUAUUCUGUUGGUCGCGACUCGAGACUUGACGCUCAUAUUGAUUGCUCUUUUGAUGGCAUUUCCAUUACAACCACAUCAACAACCCAUACCUAAGAUUGUGAUAAUUAUUGUUGUCAUUUGAUAUACAGAUUAUUAGGUUUUUUUUCUUAUUUAUUUUG